AUGGUGUCGGAAUACUAUGUGAAGCAGUCAUUCCUGGCUCGUCCAUACCCCACUAAACUAUUUUACAUGACUCGUGAGCAGGAAGACUUAGUCCGAAAUCUACCACCACCGGAUUUGCCCGAUGGAUACGAGUUAGGCUCUGCUGAUCCAGAUUCCGAUGCCGAAGUGAUCACAAAGACAUGGAUACACUCUGGUCAGAACGAAGAGGAACAAACAACGGCUAAGUUAAGGAGCUUUCCGUCCAGCUGUGUACGCUACAAUGGCAUGCCAGUAGGAUUCGAAAUGGUCGACCACAUAGGCGUGCUAAAUCAUCUUUUUGUGUUCGAUUCACAUCGCGGCAAGGGCCUUGGAACUAUCAUAGAGCUGGACCUAGCACGGAAAAUGAUAAGGAAAGGUCUUAAAGUCUCAAAAUGCGUUGAACUGUUCAACACUGCCGUACUACAAGGAAGCGCUCGAUCUCCUUACUGGACAACGGCCGUCGACGUGAACGGCGACGAUGUUAUCUUUGUGUUUCUUGUCGUCACAAAGAAAUAA